AUUACAUAUCCUGCUCCUUCUCAAAUUCCUUGUAAUGCCCACAUCCAUCGCUCUUUCCAAGACUUUCAUUUCUAGUCUUUCCUUCUUUCAGUCACUCAAAAGCCCAGCUUCAUCUUCAGCUUUUCUUGUGCAGCUUUCAGCUUCCAGGUUGAUGCUUGUUGGUCUCAACUGCAUCUCUAUCACUCGUUGACUCUCCAUCCCCACUGCCAGCAUCCGUCAUGACCCUAUAUCCAUACUUCCUUCUCUUCACCCUCGUCUUUGUCCUUGAUUUAGCCCUAGGCUCCCCGUUGCUUUCUCGCCAUGAUUACGCCGUCAAAGAGACUCACAACCCUCCUGCAACAUGGACUGUCGUCGGUGAACCCGACCCCAUGCAUCUUCUGAAGCUUAAGAUCGGCCUUGUCCCUCGCAACUUCCACCUAUUGAAGCAGCAUCUUGACCAGAUCUCCGAUCCCCACCACCAGCGAUAUGGACAACAUCUGUCUCAGCAACAAGUCCACAAUUUCAUGAAACCUAGCGACGACUCUUCUGCACUGGUACAAGCCUGGCUGCUUGAGAAUGAUAUCGACCCUGCCAAGGCACAAUUCAGCUCAGCUCGAGACUGGAUCUCCCUGACCAUCCCCGUCCACCAAGCUGAAUCCCUUCUCGAUACCAAAUAUCAUGUCUACCAGCAUCGUGAUGGUGACAAGCUCCUUCGAACUACUAGCUGGUCGCUGCCACUCUCCUUGCAUCCCCAUGUGUCCACCGUUCAGCCCACCACGGCCUUCCUCCGAACCAAGAAGCAUGCCGCGGUCACUCCGACCAUGGACGUUAACAUUGAUCUUGUAGCCCUUGCGGCCGCCGCCAACAUGACCGAACUCAACCGAGCCUGCAAUUUCAGAAGCAUGACUCCCACUUGUCUACGUCUUCUUUACAACGUGGCCCCUUAUGUACCAAAGCUGCCCAACCAAAAUCUCGUCGGUUUCACCAACUAUCUCGAGGAAGUCUGGAAUGGCACCGAUCUCGAGACAUAUAUGCAGACCUUUCGUCCCGAUAUCUGGCCACAGAGAACUGAGCUUCGUCAGGUGGGCAUAAACCAGGGACCCUUCGCCGGCGGAGAUCAUCCUACUGGCAUCGAGGCGAGCCUUGACAUCCAGAUUAUUGCCGGUAUCACAUCCCCCACUACCAUCGUGUCCUAUUCCACCGGUGGGAGACCAAUCCAGUUCAUCCCCGAUCUGCACACUCCCACAAACACCAACGAACCCUACCUAGAGUGGGUCCAUCACGUUCUUGAACAAGACCCCAGCAUCAGACCCAGUGUCAUCUCGACUUCGUAUGGCGACACUGAGCAAUCUGUGCCUCGAUCCUACGCCGAAGCUGUCUGUGACCAAUUUACCGCUCUCACCGCUCAAGGAGUCAGCCUCAUCUUUCCCUCUGGAGACUUUGGCGUGGGUGCUAAUGGCACCUGCAUCUCCAACGAUGGCCAGAAUGUCGAACGUUUUACACCACUCUUCCCGGCAUCCUGUCCCUACGUCACUACUGUCGGCGGCACCCAGAGUUACCCAGAGGUUGUUGCCGCCGAUCCAAGAACCGACUAUGUAUCCGGAGCAGGUUUCAGCGACUACUUUGCCCGUCCAACUUGGCAAGACGAAGUUGUUGAAACCUACGUCCGAGGCUUGGGCAAUGAACAUGAGGGUCUCUAUAAUGCAUCCGGUAGAGCCUAUCCUGACAUCUCAGCCUACGGCAUCUACUUCACCAUUUGGGUUGAUGGCUCCGUCAUGAGUGUUGGAGGUACCAGUGCGUCCGCCCCGACAAUCGCCUCCAUCUUCUCCCUUGUCAACGAUGCGUUGGUAUCAAGCGGGAGGCCGACCAUGGGCUUUCUCAAUCCAUGGCUGUACUCGCAGGGGUACAAGGCCUUCACCGAUGUCGUCAACGGCACCACCACUGGCUGUGAUAGUUCCGGCUUUCGUGCUGGCACCGGCUGGGAUGCCGCUAGUGGAUUCGGCACGCCGGAUUUUGGCAAGAUCUUGAAGAUUCUAGACCUGUGAGAGUCCUGAUCGCAGCACAGUCAGCCAACAUUAUGUUUGCACCCCUGGCACGAAUACGAAAAUGACCAUAAAAGCAUCAUGAAAGAGUCCCAAGAUUGGGCUCCCAUUUUCAGCAUCAGCGACAAUUAAUGAGGAAUUGUACCACCAGCAAUGACGAUGGCGCUGCAUAAGACCAUGUAAUGGCUGACAGUACUGAAUUGCAUCAACGCCAGAAGGGCGUUAAUAGCUUGGAUUGGCGUUUUGCGGAGUCAAUGAAUGGUUGUCUGUAGGUAGCUUAAGUACCUAAAGUAGUCAGGGAGACUCUUGUUCAGAGCUGAUUUCGAGGGAUUGAGGGACCACGCUCAAUGAUAACAAGAUCUUAACACUUCUCCUACCGUUGCACCAACGGCCAAUUCAGUGCUUGAGGAGUG